AUGCCUACUGUAGAUUUAUCUACCGUGAAUAGUUCUAGUUCUGCUAAUACACAGAAUGGUAGUGAAUUUACAAAGAACGCAGAACAAGUGGUUACCGUUUUCGAUCUUGCAUCCGAAAUUGAACAGUCGUUAAACCAAGCUUUGGCACAGAUCGAGGCUAACGAGAGCCAGUUUGAGAAAUCUCUCAUAUCCAUACAUGAGCGGCUAAGUAAUUUGCAACAGUGA